GUGAAUUUAUUCGUCCCUCUGUCCUCGGGCAUCAUAUGGCCGUGGCGAAGGGGUUGGCUUAGUCUUUCUGCAAAUCCGAAGAAUUUAAUCAUAAGUGACCACAAUGUUGUCCAUUUCGAGAAACGUUCAUCGAAGUAUACAUGGGAUUACCUCAAAAAUAGUUAAUAGCAACAAUUCGAAGGUCGCCCAGAGGCUUUUCCGUCAAGUUCGGACAGCACAUGAAGAUGCACAUGCCCGAGUUUGUGUUCUUCCAUCCUCGAAGUGCUUGUCCAUCUGCCAUCCGCCAAGCCAUCAAUCUAAAUGGGCUCUUCAAUCUCGAACUUUUCAAACCUCACACUCCUUGUGUCAGGAAUCUAGAGUUGUAAACUGCCCAGCCUUUCCGGAAUCUGUGUCUGAAGGAGAUAUUAGGUGGGAGAAAGCUGUUGGGGACCAAGUUUCAGAGGAUGAAGUAGUCUGUGAAAUUGAAACUGACAAGACAUCAGUGCCUGUAGCAUCACCUGCCAAUGGCACAAUCGAGGAACUUUUAGUUGAAGAUGGUGCAACUGUCAAGGCUGGUGUACCACUUUUCAAGCUUAAACUUGGAGGAGCUGGUAGCGCGAAAAAAGAAGCCCCUGCAGCGGCAGCUCCAUCUCCAGCUGCGGCUGCUCCUCCUCCACCACCACCACCACAGCCCACUGCAGCCGCCCCACCACCACCACCUGCAGCAGCCGCCCCACCACCACCACCACCACCACCACCGCAGGCCCCACUGAGCUCCAUUCCUGUGGCUGCUAUUCGUCAUGCCCAAGCUAUUGAAGCAGCUACAGUCAAAGUGCCACCCGCAGAUCCCACCAAAGAAAUCAGUGGCACUCGCACUGAGCAACGAGUAAAAAUGAAUCGAAUGCGUCUGCGAAUUGCCCAGCGACUGAAGGAUGCCCAGAAUGUCAACGCUAUGCUGACUACAUUUAAUGAACUCGAUAUGAGUGGUAUCAUGGAAUUUAGAAAGCUUAACCAAGAAGCUUUCCAGAAGAAACAUGGUAUUAAGUUGGGAUUCAUGUCAGCAUUUGUUAAGGCUGCUGCAUAUGCACUUCAAGAGCAGCCUGUUGUGAACGCUGUAAUUGAUGGCCAAGAAAUUGUAUAUCGUGAUUACAUUGAUAUCUCAGUGGCUGUUGCUACACCAAAGGGUUUGGUGGUACCUGUUAUUCGAAAUGUAGAAACUAUGAAUUAUGCUGAAAUUGAGCACUCCAUGAAUAAUCUGGCAGAGAAGGCGCGUAAAAAUGCUCUUGCUGUUGAAGAUAUGGAUGGUGGUACUUUCACCAUCAGUAAUGGUGGUGUAUUUGGCUCACUUAUGGGCACUCCUAUAAUCAAUCCCCCCCAGUCUGCAAUUCUUGGUAUGCAUGGUACAUUUGAGCGACCUGUGGCAAUCAAGGGUCAAGUUGUGAUCCGUCCCAUGAUGUACAUUGCUCUUACUUACGAUCACAGACUGAUUGAUGGCCGUGAAGCUGUUCUCUUCUUGAAAAAGAUCAAGGCAGCUGUGGAAGACCCCCGCAUCAUAGUUGCUGGGCUGUAGACAAUUUCCACCCUACUCAUCAGUCUCAUAUUUGCAACUGCAAGUGGAAAUGAAAAAGAAAACAAGAGUCUGGUCUGUCAUCCUGUUGCCACAGGAUAGGAAUCUAUCAUAACAUACCUAUGGUAGUAAGAGUAAUUUUUUUUCUGUUGCCACCCACUGCCUGAAGAUUUUUUCUGUGGUUGCUAUUUCAUUGUAGAGCACAUUUUUUGAGAAUUCUUUCUGUUGAACAGCACGAUUCUGCUUUUGUAAAUAUUUAAUAAUGUACAUUUGAGGCUUAAAAAUCAGAAUACUCAUGUCUCAUUAGCUGUGCUAAGGAGGUUUCAUGAGCUCAAUAAGUUAGUAAUUUAUGAUUUUAAAAAGACUAUGUUUAUGUGUAAAGUUUUGAUUGCAUGGGAUUGACAUCCACAUGUUUUAAAAGUUACUUUUGCUGGACAGAUGUGAAGGACUUCUAGUUCAAUGUGAAUUCACUUUGUACUCUGUGUAUCAGUUACCAGAUAUCUUUUUCAAAUAUAUUUGCCAGUAUUUUAGAAUAUUGUUUUGAAAAUUGUCAUUGCCGAAGUUUUUGGAGGAGCAGGUUUCAAUUUUAAAAGGAAAUGUUGUUUUGUUUUUUUUGUUUGAUUGUUUCUUUGAGUCUUUUAUCUGUUACAUCAAUCAAGUUGUACUAGUGUAUUGUGAAAAGAAAAACAACAAACCAAACAUUACUGGCUAUUUGCUUGGAUUUCUGUAAUUUUCUUCCAAGGAAAAAAAUAAAUGAACAUUUCCGUCAAGUAUACAA